UGGAGCUUAAUGAUAUUUCCAGCUCGGCGGGAGCUGCGGGAAGACUGGAGAUAGCGCAGUGAGAGACUAGAAAGACAGCAAAGGGGCAGCUCCCGGCUCCACGGGAAAGAUUACGGAGGAACUGCACGGGGCCAGACGGCAGCUCUUAAUUCCCCGGCUUUUGAAUUUCUCAGCCCUCGGCGCGGAGAAUGCAGCCUUCCCCUCCGGCUCGCUUAUGAUGAGCCAAGAAAUUCAUAUUUCAUGGGAGGUGAAAGUGAGUCCCGGCAGUAGCUGAGCGGCGCAGGGUGCCAAGGUCGGAAACAAUGCAGCAGAGCCCCACCAGUGUUUGGGACCCCGCGCCACCCCGGCCCCGGGGACCCGCUGCCCCUCUCGCCGCCCCAGUGCCCAUCAGUGGAGGACCAUGCCCAUGACAGAGGGACAGCAGCUCACAGCAGGACGGGAAAACGGGGACUUAUAGCCUUUCCCCCUCCCUCGAUAUCAUGACUGGAGAGACCCAGCAUGUUUACACCAUUGGCGACAUUGAGGCUGGCCCUAAAGACCCCGACAAGGACUUUGGCUUUGAAGGCUGUGGGGAGAAGGAUGGGAGGGCACUCGGCGGGGAGAGCACAUCCCCUUUUCCCAACCCUAAGGACAAGGAGCCCCACAGCCAGCGAGAAGCCGUGAUCCGGCCGCAGCAAGCCGGGAAGAUCGACUUCAAAUCACUCCACCGCAAACCCAAGUUUGGCAAUGAUGGCGCAUGGGGAGAGGACAAGCGCAGCCCCCAGUCCCCACCGGGGAAGGGGCGAUCCCGGGAGCGCAGCCGGCGCUCAGGGAAGGGCGAGCGGGGCCACCAUCAGCUCUACCGGCUCAGCAUCGCCGGUACCCGGCCGAACCCCACCAUCGGCAUCGCCUACCCCCAGCAGAAGGUGACCCCCCCAAAGGAGCCAGAGGCGAAUCAUGGCCCCGUAGCCGGCAGCUACCGCUUCCACGUGCCCAGCAUCCCCCAGCGCGAGGCUGAGCUCCAGCAGGAAGAACUCAGCUUCAGCCGCUGCUUCUCUGAUGCCAGCGCCGGCCGUACCUCCACCAACUAUACCUCACAGCCCGCUCCCUCCCAUGGCCCCAAAGGGCAGCCCCCCGCUGCCGGCAUCCCCCUCAAGAGCCCCGGCACCAAUGGGCAGCUACAUUACUUAGAGUUUCAGGCGAACAAGGCUGACUCCUGGCCUUCCCCGGAGAAGAGCUUCGCCGGUGCUAGCUAUGGGAUCUCAGUGCAGAAGCCCAGCUCUUUCCCUGAGGGCAGCAAAGCCGGUGCCCAAGCCCUGGGGGCUUUGCCAUGCCAAUACCCCUUCCAGCUGCUGCAUGACGUGGGGAAGGAGCCGUACCGCAGCGAUGCGGGGAGCCAGGAGUACCUGGAUGUGGGGCUCGCCACUGGCCAACUGGCUCACGGUGCCUUUGCCUUCCACUCAUCCUCCAGAGAGUGGCAAGAGGAGGUGCUGAGCAGCGGAUCCUAUGAGAAUGUGUCCCCCGAGGGCAGGCUCUAUGGUUUGCCCACCCCACCAACACCAUUCCUGCACCCACCGCCACCGCCAGCCCCACACCAUGGCCCGCUGCCAUGCUGCAAGGGCAGGAGCGAGCAUCCCACCGACUCCAAUGGUGCUCUCUCGUCAUCUGGUGCUAUCGACCAAAACCCAAGCACUUUCCAAGAAAACCAAGCUGUUUUUCCGUCUAGUUUACACUCGUCUAGUAUGCCAAAGCCAGUCGGUAAGAGGCAAGCCUCAGCGAAAGACAGUGUCCCCAGCCCGCGGGUGAUGGUCCAGAGCAGCCCUCUGAGAAGGAACAUGCCACCAAACUCUCUCUCCCAAGUGCACUUUCAGAGCAAAGCCUAUUGCAGUUCCCCCGCGGGCAGCGUCAGCACAGGAUCCGUGCCUUUCGAGACAAGCAUUCCCACUACAGCACCCACCCACCCCAGGCUUGUGCAAGCUUGGGAAGGUGCCACUAAGGCGUUUUCUCCCAUGGACCAGAACUCAGCACCUUAUUCAAACCUUCUUGGAAACCAGUUCUCAUUCGAGUGCCAGUCUGGCCCCGAGCAGAGGCAGCACAGGCAGAAAAAUGCCAGGAUGCCUUGGCAGCAAAUACACCUCACUUCUGCAAUGCCCGGUCAAAACAGGCUAGAGCUGUCGAGACAGAUUACCAGCCAGAAGCUCCCCUUCCCUGUGGGCACGUCGGAGUGGCAGGGGAAUGGGAAAACCCAGAAAGGGCCCCCUGUAAAUAACUCUCCAGGGUAUCACAGCAAAAAGCUCUUGACAGGAGAGAGCCUCGGGGUCCAGAGGGGAGACCCCAACUCAACAGGCAGUUUCCCUUUUGAGAGUGGGAAGGAGCCAGGGUCUCCUGUCUGUGACUCGAGAAGCAAAGCGCUCUUCUACAGCAUGGGUCAAGCAGGUCCUCCUCCCUCAAGGAGCUCAUCGGGCUCAGCGCUGGUCCUACCACCAUCAGCCUUGGUGGCUGCCUCCCCUUGCGAGUCCCCUCUGCCAUCCCCUGUUCCCAACCCUACCUGUGGCAGCACAUGCUCAUCGCUCUCGCCUAUGUCCAGCAGCCCGCUCAACCCCGGCUUUGAAGACAGCCAGAUGUCUGGAGCACUGACCCCUUCUCCCUUCUUCCAGCACCCCUGCCAUCCCAAGGACAGCAACAAAACCUUCCAGCCCUCCGAUGUCCUGAGCUCCAGCUCGCUUCAUUACCACCCCCAAGACUCCGUCAAGUCCUUCCACUUCCCUCCUGAUGCCCUCAAAGACAACAACCUCCUGAAAUGCGCCCCAGCGAGCCCGUUCCACAAACCCAGCAUAGAAGUGGCCAAGGGAUGCUCGGAUGGGCUGGAUGGGGAGCAGCCUCCUCCGCCGUAUUCCUCCCAUCACUUGCUGGCCAGCUCACUCAGCAGCGCUAGCCUGGACCAGCUGGACGUGCUCCUGACCUGCAAGCAGUGCGACCAGAACUACAGCAACCUCUCCUCCUUCCUGCAGCACCGCCAGUUCUGCACCUCCCAUCCCAAUCCACAGGGAGAGGGCAAGGAUGCUCUCCGGGCAGCUGAGGGGCGGAAAACGCUCCCUCCGGAGCCUCCCAAGCCCACCAGCCUGGGGCUCUCUCCAGACACCCAGGCACAUUUGUUGGCAUUAAACAAGAGCGAUGACUUCUUGCUAGGUGGGGAUAGCAAAAGCGAGGGCAAGGAAGAUGCUCUGAAGGGUGGCCUUUUCAAUGGCCUUGCCAACAGCUCGCUGCCACUCACUGCCUCAGACCUGGACAUUGACGAUGCCAAGCUGGACAGCCUGAUCACUGAAGCCCUCAACGGCCUGGGCUACCAGUCAGAUAACCCAGAGAUCGACAGCAGCUUCAUAGAUGUGUUUGCUGAUGACGAGCUGACGGGCGUGAAGGUGGCCAGCAGUGGGAUGUCCCAAAAGGCAAAGGAAGCCCUGGCCUCAGAGAGCAAAUCAAAGCAGGCAGCAGUGGAGGAGAAGGCAGGGAGCCAGUCCAAGGUUGGCUAUUUUUAUGAAGAUGGUGGGGAUCAAGCAAAGAGAGUGGCAGGAAAGCAGCACCUUCACAAGGGGAGGGCAGCACAGAGGUUGGCAGCCCAGGAGCCAGAUCCCGGGGCAGCAGGAGCAGAGAGGACAGCCAGGCUGCGGGCAGGCAGGAAGAACAGCAUCCCACCAGCCACCACCUCCUCCAAAUCCACCUCCAGCCAAAAGCAUCCGAGGAAGCUCAGCCAUGAGCAUCCAGCAAAGAGUGAGGUGGGGCCAGGCACUGGCACCAAGAGCUCCAAGCCAUCCCGGUUCUCCAUGAAGGACCUGAAGAAGCGGAAGCCCCGAAGUGGGACGUGGAGCAAGGAGCUCAUUCACAAGAUUGUGCAACAGAAGAACAAGCUGCAUAAGCUGCAGGUGAAGAGCAGCAAGCAGGCACAGUGCCCCCAGGUCAAUGAGAGGCUGAUGCCGGCCACCAAGGAGGGCAGGUUUCGGGAGUACGACUACGUCUCCGACUCGGAUGAUGAUGGGGCAGAGUGCAGCAAGCUCCGGGGGAGGAAGAAGCGUGGCACAGGAUUCGUUGGGAGAACCAAAUACAGCUUUACCAAGAAACGCCCGGGAAGAGGUGAGAGAGUCAAAGAGAAAGACCCCACCUGGAGCUACGGCCGGAAAAAAGACAGUCAGAAAAGGGAUGCACAGGAGCACAGUGGGGUCCCAAGCCAGGAGGGUGCUGAGAAAGAGGAUUGUGCUGCCAGAGGCCCAAGACGGAGCAGCCAGUCAUCUACUGGCAGCAACCACAGCGGUAGCGUGCCCAGUGAGAUGGGAACCAGCCCAUCCCAUGCUGAUGGGGCCGGUUCAGGCAGUGAGAAGGGAGGCACACAGAGGAGAAGGAGCUCGGGCAGCCCGGCACGCACGCCAAAGACUCCGCUCAGCCCUCCCAGGGACAGGAGCCCGAAGAAGAGCAAGAAGAGCAAAGAGGACUUUCCCAAGGGGAGCAGGCGGUUUGGUUCAGCCAAAUCUUUGCCAUCGGGCUCCAGGACAUGUCCCAGUAUUGAACUAGAUGUUGCUGCAAUGGACUGUGCAAAGGAGAAGCCAUUAGCACAGCCCCAGGAAAGGCCCAGCAUGGCCACCUCGGGCAAGAGCCCCACUGGACUCUCCUGUAAGGAGGGGGCAGAAGAGGCCAAAGAAGCAGCAAAGGCCAUGGGUGAGGAAGGAGAAUCCACCCUGGAGGCUCAGGACUCACCUGAGCUGACCGUGGUCAACCAGAGCCAUCAGUUUGGCCCUUUCAAGAGUGAUGGAUUGAAGUACCAUGCAGAAGAGCUAGUUGCUCCAUCCCACAGUGGUAACGAAGCUAGUCCUGGCAAUGCAAGUGCUGCCUACUCAGAAAUGAGCAUCAAAUACUCGAAGGCACACGGGCUCAGUGACAGUCGGAAGGACUAUCCCGCACUGGUUGCCACAUACGGGAUGGAUGCAGUGGGGAUAAUGCUCACUGCCAAGGUGCCCAAUCCAUACAUCGGCAGUGACAACACAUUUUUUGAACCUAAAGGCCUUCCUGGGCACUAUGAUGGCAACCUUUUCCCAAAGCCCCCAGCCCUGGGCUCCUCGCACAUGGAUGACAUGUACCUAUGCCAGGAUGACAUCAACACCAGCUCCUUAGAGCAGAAGCAUGCCAGCAUCUCUCCUUACACCACAGAAACGUCACAGGGCAAGGUCUCCUCCCCUCUCAGCUUUGAUUCCUCUUCAAUAUUUGGAGAGCUUCCUGUCACUGAGUUUGAUCCACCGCUGUAUGAAGGUGUUUCUGCAAGCAAGGACGGUUUUGUGACAGCAUUUACCUGUCCUGGCAAUCCCCCCAGCAAGCCGCUGCCAUUUGAGCAACCAUAUCCACCAUUCAUGCCAGAGAAAGACUGGUCUCUCAUGGAGGAGGUGGCUCCGAUGCUGCCAGAAGACAUGACUCAGUUCCACAGCCUUUCAGUGGAGAAGCCACUAGCUAAGAAGUUUCCUGAGGAAGGACCUGUCCCCACCGGCCAACUCUCCCUGCCGCUGCCGGACAGGAUAACGGAUUAUAACGUGAACUUUAUGAACAACAUAUCAGACGAUGAGCUGGAGAUCAAGCGAUUAGUCACAGAGCUGGAGAGUCAAUUGCAAACCAGCAAGAUGGACCAUGAGGCACCCGUCGUCCUUCAGAAACCUGAGCAACAUGUUGCUGCACAUCUGCGGGGACAGGCUGCGGAGCGGUUCCCUCCUCUGCCGGGUGAGCAAGGGGCAGGCCAUGAGAAAGGACUGUUUUUGGCACAUGAUCUGGGCAGGCCAAGCCUCUGUGUUGGGGAGAGGUUGGGAGGUGAGAAGCCAGCUGGCACAAGUGCCCAUGGGGACUAUGAGAGACCGAGGGAGCCCUGGCCCUGCCCGGUGGAGCUGGGCUCACUCGAGUCAGGGAUCUGUGUGCCAGCCCCGCUCACCACGGACCAUUUCUGCUCCAAAGACAGUGGUGAGCAGCUCCAGGUAACUGUGGCUGCAAAGGAAAGUGACCCUGGAAAGAUGGAAAAUGGAUCUUCCUCCAAAGGUCUACCUGGCUCACACACACCAGACCAAAGAGAGGCGUCCAUCUACACAGACCCUGGGACUAAAAGCCCUCCUAUUGCCACCAACCCCAUGUUCCCCAAGACCCUAGAGGCAGUAGAAGCAACCAAAGAUCCCCUGACAUCCCUGCCAUGCCAGCGUGGCGCUGAGAGCUUCCCUGUGCCAGGGAAAACAAAUGAAAGCUUCGCUGAUGCUGCAGAACUGGGGAAGUUUGAUGCCCAUCAUUCAAACCAUAAGCCUGGAUUUGACUUUCAGCAGGUGUCUGCCCCGGCCUUGGAUCUCACCCUUUCACCUCACACCAAAGAGGUCCCAGAUACAGAAGAUCGACCCUUAAACAGGCCCGAAUCACCCAAAAUGGCACAAAGUGCUGUGGACUUCAAUGGGGAUGGUGGUGGGUCCGUUUUGAUGGAAGAAACAGAGGAAAGGAAGAGCCCCACCACCCAUCCGGGCCCUGGACCCCGAGACAAAGCCAGCAAGCAAAAAGUGCUGCUGUUCGAUAUGUUGAGUGUGCCCAAGGAGAGUGGCUGUGACUCCCAGAAGAUGUUGUCAUCCCAGGAGACGGCGGCCAACCCUCUGCAGCAGCUCCAGCUCUUUGUUGCUCGAACAGUGAAGAGCAACGAAGAGGAGCUGUUGAUGCCGUGCUUCCCCAUGCUGCUUGCUCCCAGCCACCCCUCUACCACCACACGCAUCCAGCCAGAGCAGAAAGAGGAGAACAGUGGUGCCUUGGAAGGGGAAAAUCGGGCAUCCUGCCCUGGCCAAGGGGAGGGUAACGUCCCUGUUGGAGGCAACAUGGAAAAUAUUGCUACCCCAGCAAAAGAGGCUGUAAUUUUCCCUGGUGGGUGCAAGCUAGAGUCUUUCGGUUCAAUGGGUUCUUUCCAUGCAAAACAAUCUACGUUUGCAAGGCCAGAGCUGCAAAAUAAUGUAACAGAGCUGCAGCACUUAGCAAAUGAACACGCAGAUCCGAGUGACAUUAAUAUCCGUGCAGAUGGUGUUUCCCGAGAGCGUAAUGACCUCUCGUCACUCAAAAACACAGCAGCGACCUUACUGCUAGGGCAAGUAAAGAAAGCUGAUCAGCCCAUGGAAGAACAGGAGCAAGACAAAAACAAAGCAACCUUGGCAUUUAAAGAACAUGGGCAAUCUCAUUUAAACUGUAGUUUGCUUGAGAGAAACACACUGGGCAGUGCAGCAGCAGAGAGAAUGGAAAGGAACCAGAUAGGGCAGGGGACACAGCCCCUUGCUCCCACAAGUCCCACCAGUCCCCCGGGUACCUCCAAGAAGGAUCUCCACCAGGAUCACUGCUUGGUGCCAGAGACAAAAACCAGCACAGCCAGUGCAAAGGUUCCCAGAGAAGGAAAUGGCAAGAAGCCCCUCAGUGGCUGUCAUUACACAAGAGAAUCUCUGGCCAGCCUGCCCUCGCCAACCGAUUGUUCUCACUCCAAAGGCUUGCAAAGUGGUGGGGCCGAGGGAGGAGACGUCCCCAUCUUCAAGCCUCAGCCCUCAGAUGAGAAUAAAUAUGGCCCAUCCCUGCUUAACCCAUCGAGUUCACUCAUCAUGAUGAGGUGCCCUCCCGAGGCAAACAGCCAUCACACCCAUCAACCCACCGAGAGCCCAGGAGAGCAAGGGACAUGGAAAAGGGCACCCACCUUUCCUCCCUCACUGCAUCACUGUGGGGCCAUGCCAAUGGAAGUGGUUGAGGAUGGUCACCGUCACCUCCCCGACCGCAUUUUGGGUAACUAUAGAUCACCUGAAAGAGAAGGGAGGGCAAGACCUGCAGCUCUGAUGCAUUCUGAUGGUCUGGGGGGUUCUGCCUUGGAGAUGGAUGGUGCCCAGAAGGACUGCUCUCUUCCCUGCUCACCUCCUUUCAACCAAAAGGGCCUUGGGAAAGAGGUACCUGAAAGCACCAGUGCUGUGAUGUCAAGUUCUCAUUUUAAAGAAAACCAAGCAUGCACCAUCACAGAUACAGUCAUUAACUCCAUUCUUCCAGAAAGCCAAGAUGAUCCAACCCAGCCCACAACAGAGGUUCUGCCAUUCAGAGAAAGAGAGGUAAACCUGAAUCAAGUGAACAGGCUUGAAAGCUGCUCUGAUGAUGGAAAUACGCAUCAAAGUGAACCAGAGGCUUUGUCCAAUGGUUUUGUUGUUCAGCAAGGGCUAGCAGCUGUCAGCAAAGGUCUUACAAGGACUGGAGACCUUGGACCUGCUGAAUUAAAUGGCCACGAGUUUUCAACAGAGAUGAGACUUGGUCUUUCCAAAACCGCAGAGAGUGGAGGAAAGAGUUUAAAAGGGGAGAAACCAAAAAGCGAUGGGGCUGGAGAAGUUGACAGCUGUGUAUUAACCAGUAUGGGCCAAGGAGAGGGCAACGCACCUAACAGUACUCCAAACCCUCCCCAAAAUGAACUUCACAAAGAAAAGAAGCCAAAUGGGCUCCCGGUGACCUGUGACAUUUGUUCAGCUACUUUCCGGUCCAAGCCUGGGCUGACCAGGCACAAAGCUGUCAAGCACCAGGUGAAGAAUGGUGGCGUGCCACAGCCCAGCAAGACUGCCAGGUCCACUUUGAUUCCUGCAGACAACACAUUGAAAGCAGCCCAAAAGGUGCCCAGGAGGAGCCUGAAGUCUUCGAUCAAAGACAAAACUGACAGCCCACAGAUGCCAGCCAACAACAUUGAACAGAACCCCAAGAAAAUAUGCCCAGACCUGGAGAAAGAGCCCAGCUCACAGAUGCAAGAAGUGGUCAGCAGAGUGCUCAGUGACCUCAGUGUGAUCUCCUUUGAGAUGUCCCAGGAGCUGCACCGCACACGUGUUCUGCAGAGGGAGAUGAAGGCAAAGGGAUCGCGCUCAGAGACGAGGGGAGCAGGUGAGACAGCGGCUGGGAAGCUGGACUCAGGACGGCAAGGCAGGAAGGGAGAAAAGGGCAGAAGGAGCCAAAGCAAAGAACCUGGAGAGGUAAACGGCAAUUCUGAAAAGAAGCUAAACAGGAAAGUGAGGCGAAGGAAAGCAAAGGUAUUUCCCAGCAGAAAUGAGCCUGAUGGUCCAUGUGAGAUGGAGAAGAGUGCAAGUCCUCCUGCUGCUGUCCUGAGUUCCAGUCUGCCCAUGAUCAUGGAGGACUUGCAUGAGCCAGGUGGUUGCAUCACCACAGAGGAGCAAAAUAGGUCCAACUCAACACAGCACUCUCAAAAAGCCAAACAGUCCCCUUGUGCAGCUGAGCUUGCAGAGGACCUGGGCGACAGGAUGGUGUCUUCAAAGGAGAUGACCAGCAAGGAUUCAGUAACAGGCAUGGUAACCUGUGCUGUGGAGGUGGAAGAUCCAAAUGGAGUGGAAGACAUGCAGGCUUGCAAGAGAUGGGUUAGCGGGUUUGUGCAGCAAGUGGUAAACGGAUUGGGUAAGGUAGGCAAAGAGCAGCAUCAUGGUGCUGAUGGCACAGAGGAGAUGGAUGCUGAGACAGGAGGCAGUGCUGUGGUAGGCAGCAGCACUGGGAACCAGAGUGGUGCCCUGCAGGGUGCCACAGCUCCUGCUGAAGAGGGUUUGCUUCUGGAGAUGUGUGAUUCAGAAACCAACCAACAGGUUCCUGGUAAAGGCGCUCUGCAGAGCAUGCCACAGACCAGCCCUCCUCCUGCAGAGCCAAAGCAGUGGGCCAAGGCAGACGUGGCACCGGGUAGCGAGCACUGCAUGGAGAGUGCAGCCGUCUCGGACCUCCAGAGCCUGUUUGAUGAUGACUCCACAUUCUCCCAACUGUUUCCCAGGGAUGACCAGUUUGUCCGGAGGAAGUGCACGCGGGUGUACGGGAAGCGCAGCAAGAAACCCAAGCCCACCACAGAGGUAAACCUCCAGCCAUCAGGUGCGAUCGACCUCUUCUCCAUGCGAUUAGCUUCUGAUCUCAGUGAAACCAGCUCUUUCUGUGUCACCAGGGAGGACACUUGUGAUUACGAAACCAUCUCUGUUGACGAUGCUUUAAUGCUAAACAUGUGUCACAGCAGCAAGGUGAAGAGUGGAGAUGCUGCUCCCUGUGGAUCUAACAGCAUUGCGCCAAGGUUGGACCAUGAGAAGACCGACCAAAGGAAGGAGGACAUUGACCUGGAAGACAACAUGCUAACCUUCUUGUGCCAAAACAGCCAAGACAACGUCCCCAGCUUGAACAUCUGGGGGAGUCUGGAGAAAGAGGGAGAAAGCCUUUCUGCUGAGGACAUGUUUGAGCCUCUGAUGGACCUUGAGGUUGAGCGCUCGCUCAGAGAAGUGAGCUCUGAGCCCCCCAACCUGGCAGAGGAGCCUUAUGAUGACAAGGCUAAUGAAGAUUCAGGCUCUCCUGAAUUUCAUACCAUCGACAUUGAGAUGCUGAAUGCAAAGUUGAAAAUGAGAGACAUGUGCUUCUAUGGCUCUUGUGAAGAUCUUCCUGGCCAUGGGGAGGACAAUGCUGAGAGUUUCAAGCCGAAGCCAGGCCAGCCCAGCAAGCACAGAAGUAAGCAAGAAGAUGGGAAACUGGGGAAGAACCGCAGUGAGAUGACCAUCAAGACCAAAGACAAGCAGUACAAAUGCAAAGUCUGCUUCCAGUGGUUCCUGACAUUGGGGGAGCUGGACUUCCACAAGCUCUCCCAUAACCCUUCCCCUCCACCUACCUGCUACAUGUGUGUGCAGCGCAAAUUCAGCUCCAGGGAGCAGCUGAGGGACCAUCUGAAGGAGAAGCAUGCCAAAAACAAAGCAGGUCUGUGGGCUUGCGGGAUGUGCCUGAAGGAGAUCUCAGACGUGUGGAUGUACAACGAGCAUCUCCGGGAGCACGCCACCCAGUUCGCUCGCAAGGGGCAAGCGCAGAAGUCCGUGAUGGGCCUGCCAGCCUGCUUCAGUGAGGACAAUGCUGCUGUCACACACUUCCUCAACACCAUC